AUGCAGGAGAUAUUCCGUGGCACGUCUUCUAGGAAACAUGCAGGGCAUGGUAAUAACCCUGCUCAUGGGCCUCGUACUCAACCAGGCCGUGACGUGCGAUCCGUCCAUCACGUUAUUCCAAGGAAGCAAGCUUUCUGGGAUUCCCUUUUUUUCAACGCUACACAGCUGGCAAAACUCUGCACGACAACUUGCUCCAUUGCCUUGGCAACAUGGGAACGAAGAAUCGCAGGAGCUUGUGGAAGCACGUACUGGCCCUCGCCUCAAGGAACGCAAUAUCUACCUGCAUCUCUGGCCCAAGCUUACGUUGAAGCAUUUAAUUCAACUUGUCUGCAAAAUUCUUGGACUGAUACAUCCAGGGCGGGACAAUAUUGCAAUCUCGUGAUUGCGACUGCACUUGGUAUACAUCCUACAAAUCAACAGAUAGUAGGACCUGUUGGAUGGACUGUUACAAGUCCACCAACAGCGACAACAUUUGUCAUUCAACCAUCCUCUGUUUCCUCAGCCGUUCCUACGUGUGCGGGAACAUCCUACAAAAUCUCCAGCUCGGAUACUUGCCAAAGUAUUUCCAUGGCUAAAGGCAUAAGUACAUAUGAUCUCCUAAAAUCCAACUCGCUAUCAGCGUUUUGUGGAAGUUUUCCUACUUCUGGCACGCUUUGCAUACCGAGCCUGUUAGUUUGCAACCCGUAUACGGUGAAAGCAAAUGAUACAUGCUCGUCGAUUCAGACUCAAUUCAACAUCACAUAUUCUCAGAUUACGGCAUGGAAUCCGGAGCUUGGAACGUCAUGUACGAACAUCGGAAAAUACGUCGGAUAUGUCAUCUGCGUUUCUAAUCCUGGGGGCACUUGGGUGAACCCGAGUAGUGUGACAACUUCGAGUGCACCUACCACCACAGCUCCCUUUUUCAACAACUCAUUGACAGCAACGUACAAGUUACGCAUGCCAGGAUGUGGCGACGCAGUACAAUAUCUCAGUGUCAGAUUUUGUUUCAUGGAACCCAUCGGUGAACACAACAAGUCCCUAUACAAUGACAAAUGGACUCCGGAAUAA